GAUAGCGUAGUAUACGCAUGUUUUGUCAUUUUAAUUUUCUUUUUUUUUCCAAUUGUAUAGUAAAAUCAAAAUUAUCCAAUUUUGUAAUAUUUAUUGUAAUUUUAUUUAUAGUUGAAAAUUUUCAAUGGCUUUUGUAGCAGCUAGUAAUAUGAUUAGGAAUCAACUUGGAAGGAAUUUGUGGCUUCUAAAAAAUAUUGGAAGGGUACAAUAUAGACCAAGAAUUUCUCAAGUUGUAGUACCAUCUUACUUAUCUUUAAGACAGUACAGUGCAAACCCAAAUGUUAAUUCUGAAAAUGUCAACUCACAUUCAGAAAAAUUGGAAUUUCAAGCUGAAACUCGUAUGUUGUUGGAUAUUGUUGCUAAGUCUUUGUAUUCAGAAAAAGAAGUUUUUAUUAGAGAACUUGUUUCAAACGCAAGUGAUGCAUUAGAAAAACUUCGUUAUUUAAGUUUAAAGGGAAAUGAAUCGCAAGAUUUUGGUAGUAUGGAAAUAAAUAUAACAACAGACAAAACAAAUCGAAUGCUCACUAUUCAAGAUAAUGGAAUUGGAAUGACAAAAGAAGAACUUAUAUCUAAUUUAGGAACUAUUGCAAAAUCUGGGUCUAAAGCCUUUUUAAAAGAAAUCCAGAGUAAUGAUUCUACAAAUUUAUCAUCAAUUAUUGGUCAAUUUGGAGUGGGAUUUUACAGUUGUUUUAUGGUAGCAGAUAAAGUAGAAGUCUUUACCAAGUCUAUGAAUCUUAAUGCUACUGGAUAUCUAUGGAAAUCAGAUGGAACAAGUACUUAUGAAAUAACUGAAGCUGAUAAUAUAGAAAGAGGUACUAAAAUAGUUAUGUAUCUGAAAAACGAUUGUCGUGAAUAUGCUUCAGAAGAUGUUGUUAGACAAGUAAUCAAUAAGUAUAGCAAUUUUGUAAACUCUCCAAUAAAAUUAAAUGGUUCAGAAAUAAAUACUAUUCAGCCAUUGUGGUUACAUGAUCCCAAAUCUAUUACUCAAGAACAACAUGAUGAAUUUUACAAAUUUGUAGCAAAUGCUUACGAUAAACCAAGAUUUGUCUUGCAUUAUUCUGCUGAAGCUCCAAUACAAGUUCGUGCUUUGCUAUAUUUUCCUGAAAUAUCUCCAGGCCAUACUGAUUUUUAUGAUAGUUCUACUAAAGGUGUUUCUCUCUAUACUCGGCGUAUAUUAGUGAAAAAAGAAGCUGAACAUGUAUUACCGAAGUGGCUUCGCUUUGUUAAAGGAGUGAUUGAUUCUGAAGAUAUUCCAUUAAAUUUGAGUAGAGAAAUGUUGCAGAAUUCAGUUCUAUUAAAAAAAUUAAACCGAUUGCUUACUAGUAGAAUUAUAAAAUUUUUGCAUGAUAAAUCAAUCAAGAAUGUUGAUGAAUACCUUAAAUUUUAUAAUGAUUAUGGUGUUUUCAUUAAAGAAGGAAUAGUUAUGAAUGAUGAUCCCAAAGAAAGGGAAGAUUUAGCUAGUCUUUUGAGAUAUGAAUCUUCACACACUAAACCUGGUGAAACAACAUCUUUUGAAGAAUACAUAAAGAGAAAACAAGAUGAUCAAAAUGACAUUUAUUAUUUGUCUGCUCCUAACCGUGCUUUAGCUGAGAGUUCUCCAUAUAUAGAAGCAUUAAAGAAAAAGAAUGUAGAAGUAAUAUAUUGUUAUGAACAACAUGAUGAAAUUAUCUUAUACCAAGUAAAAACUUUUAAAAAUCUUAAAUUAACUCUAGUAGAAAAAGAAGUCAACACAGCAAGUGAUCAAGAACCUAAAACACAAGACUUUGGAGUAGAUAGUCUUGGUCAACUACAGUUAGAUUCUUUGCUGCCUUGGAUUCAGACUACUCUUGGUUCUAAAGUGAAAAAUGUUAAAGUUACUGGACAACUAGAUACUCAUCCGUGUGUUAUCACUGUGCAAGAUAUGACAGCAGCUAGACAUUUUAUUAAAACUCAGCUUAAACAAAUGGAUGAAGAUAUGUUACUAUCAAUUUUACAGCCUCAAUUAGAACUCAACCCAAAACAUCCUGUUGUCAAAAAACUAUACACUUUGAAAGAUACUAAUGAAGAAUUAGCUAAAUUAAUUGUAGAACAGUUAUUCAGUAACUCAAUGGUAACUGCUGGGUUAAUUAAUGAUUCAAGAAAAUUGGUAUCAAAUAUAAAUCGUCUUCUUGAGUUAGCAGUAGAAAAAUAUUGAUUUUUAUAGUCUUUAAAUUUUGUAAAUUCACUAUAUACAUUUUCAUUAUGUUUUUUUUUAAAUAUAUAUUUU